AUGCAGUCAAAUAUAAUUCUCGAGUUCAACUCGUAUUCAAACGCCGCUCGAUUCGACAGCCGCCUUCGUUUUAUUACGACGCUGAUCGAACGUAUGAGGCGAGGUGUGGAGGGCGAAAUGAGGCUGGGGCACUUUGGGACGAGGUUCUGCGGCAACGUCAAAUUCUACGAGGAGGAGGGGCUACGCAGUUAUAUCUCGGCUGGAAAUCGACUUUUGAUACGAUUCCAAACCGGGGCCCGCACCCCUCUGCGUGGUUCUGAAGAAUGGAAAGUCGGCUUCAAACUCAUCUGGACGGCCAUCAAUGGCAUCAUCGAUGAAGCAGUGCUAGCAGAGCCUGGAGCACGGAAGGAAACGUGUGACGGCGGCUUUACGUGUCAUGGAGGCCUGCUAUGCACCGAUCAAGGGCUCGGCAUCUGCUCUCCACGUCAGCAAUUCUGCAUCGAUCCGUCGCUCGUCUGCAACGGCGUGCCGAAUUGUGCCGAGGGCGAUUUUUCCGAUGAGUUCCAUUGCCAUUCUACCGAGAUCUUUGUGACGGGUGGCGUUGCUUUUUGCGUUCUGCUGCUCGUGAUCUUUCGC